AUGCAGUCAGCCAUUCAGUCGGUGACACACAACUUGCCGGUGUUCGUCCAGCGACCGGCUAUCGCGCUCAUCGGACAAGAAUGCUACACGACGCUCGUCUACAAUGUCGACCUCAGCUCGACCCACUGUCUCAAGUAUGCCAUCUCGAAAGCGCUCGGCUUGGGCAUCGUCGUGUUUGGUAGCAUCAUGAAGGUGCCGCAGAUCCUCAACAUUGUCAACAAUCGGAGUGCACGCGGCAUCUCGCUGUCGAUGUACACGCUCGAGGUGAUGGCGUAUGCCAUUUCGCUCGCCUACGCGGUUCGAUCUCGUCUUCCCUUUUCGACCUAUGGCGAGAACGCCAGCUUGACGGUGCAGAACAUGAUCAUCUUGCUGCUCGUCAUCGCAUACACGGCGGAUGGAAAAACAGGCCGCGUUGACCCAUCAGCCCACUCGACCAAGAUCACCUUCGCAGCGGCACUCAUGGGCAUCGGAUCGCUCGCCCUCGCCACGCCCUCCAUCAUCCCUGCACAAACGCUGACAUUCUUGCAAGCAUGCACGAUCCCCAUCUCGCUCGCAUCCAAGGUGCCGCAGAUGGCAGAGCUGUACCGUGAAAAGAGUCGCGGUCAGCUGAGCAGCUUUGUCGUCUUCGCCCAGCUCCUCGGCACCAUCGCACGCAUCUUUACGACCAUGACCGAGACGGACGACAAGCUGCUGCUGUGGGGCUUCGGACUGGCUGGCGUGUUCAAUGCGGUGAUUGCAGCGCAGGUCAUGUACUACUGGAACGGCGACAAGGCGCUGGCGGAGCAGAAGAAGAGGGACGGUGAGAAGAUCGGAUUGCAUUCGUCGUCGUCGGCCAACAUUGCGCCUUCGUUCGAGCCGUUCUCGGUCAGCACUCAUGGUCCGCCCAAGGCUGGCGGUAGGAAGCUGGAUUGA